CGUGGGAUCGGAGAUCGGAGAUCGAGAUCGGAGAUCGUGAUCGUCCCAUCUCAUUUCAGUCGCUCUUCCGCUUCGCAAUCCUAGUAAAUCCGUCGCCGAUGACGAGCAAACGUAAGAUUCUUCCCCCCAUCCGUCGCACCUUCAGCUUUCACUGUGUCCCAGCUGCUGUUUACGCGAAGCAAAAACAGGUUGCCCCCAUACCUUAUUCAGCCAUAACAUCAAAAGCAUCGGAAAUACCUAAUUCUGCCGGUUCAAACUUGAUGAAAUUAGGGAAUCCUAGCUCUGUGAGCAUUGUUGUCAUCAUACCUGAUUCAUCAAAAGCAUCGGAAAUAACCAAUUCUCCCAGUUCAAACUUGAUGGAAUUAGGGAAUCCUAGCUCUGUACCUGAUUCUUCGACAACAUCAGAAGCAUUGGAAGUUACCAUGUCGCCCGGCCCAAACUUGAUGGAAUCAGGGAAUCCUCGCUGUGUUCAUUUGGCAGAUGGACUUAUCAUUCAGGCUGUUGCUGCUGACGCAGCUGCUCAAUCUCCUAAGAAUGGAGCCAACUUUGAUUGUCCCGUAUCAAGAGAGCUUAACCAAAAUCCAUGCUUGAAGUCGAUCCCAAAUCAUGGCAAAUUAUAUGAAUUUGUGGCUAUGAAGUAUGAUACAAGUAGAAGUGAUAUUGUUUCAUGCAAUUCAUGCUCCACUGAGUCCAGUUACGACAGUUCCAUGUCCUCCGAAUCCUUCGAUGUGCAAAGGGAAUUGCAGGAAAUGAGGGAAGAACAUGGAGAAGAAUUGUCUACAGUUGGAGAUAUUUAAACACUUAACUUCUCAAGAACAUUCUGUGUCUAUAUUGCGUUGUUUUCGGUUUUUUGUUUUUUGGCUUCACAUUCCAUCCACUAAAUAAAUUCAUGAAGCGUGGUAACUGCUGACCAGCAGUACAAUUGUUAUAGGUGUGUCUUGUAUGAAAAUUGAACCCCGGUUAUUUAGGAAUGUAUUCGGCCUCUUACCCUCACAUCAUGCACUGGGGGCUGCUCUGUGUGUAGUUGUGUACAUAUAUAUUUGAGCGUUGGAAAUGGUUAUUGCAUGUCAAGUUGAACAAUGUUUGUGUUGGAAGAGGUUAUAAAAUUUGAAUCUUAGAUUCAAAUUCUUUGGA